AUGCGACAAUACCGUGGUAGAAGCCAGACCCCAAUGCCUGUCGACCCUGAACUGCAGGAUCUAGAUUUUCUGGAGAUGCUCCAAGAGGAAUUCCCAACAAGCCCCGGCGAGAUGAAUCCAAGCACAGACGUAGUGGGAGAGGAUUAUGGAGAGGAAGAGGAACAUGGAGAGUGGGAGAGCGAAAAUGAGGGUGAUGAUGAAGAUGAUGAUGAAGGUGGAGAUGUGGGCGAGUGGGAUCAAAGUGAACUGGAAGAGGAAGAGACUCAAGCCGAACAGGCUGAAAGCAGCUCAGUAGACCAGUUGAUGGUCGACGUUUCACCGCGAUACGAUACCUUUAGCGAGCCAUUUACUCGAUCUGCACAGGAGGAUGGUCGGAACCAAAACACACCCACGUCUGGCAACCCGAAGACAAGAUCUAUGGCAUCUUGGUUCAGUCCGCAGGAGACCGAAGCCUCGCAGCCUCCACACACAUUUGGACGAUUCUCAAGUUGGACCGACUACGUAACCUUGCCUGUCUCCCAGAUGCUAACCAAGGAAAACAACAAGCGGUUGAAGUUGCUAAAAGACUUCAACGCGGACCUAGCUGAAAUCGAAAUUGGAGCAUGUGGAAUGAUUAAAUGGACUAGCAUUCGAACGAUUCUUUGGGACCUGCCCACCCUUCGAUGCCCUCUCCGAUCAGAUCAUCAUCUGGAGCACAGAAGCGACGCCUUGUGCCAGCCUUUGACAGGGCUGAGACUGAUUAUCUAA